AUGUUGGGACAGAGUAUUCAGAGGUUCACAACCUCUGCGGUCCGUAGGAACCACUAUGAGGAGGGUCCAGGGAAGAAUUUGCCAUUUUCAUUGGAAAAUAAGUGGCAGUUACUAGCUAUGAUGACUUUGAACUUUGGAUCUGGGUUUGCUGUACCUUUCUUUAUAGUAAGACACCAACUGCUUAAAAAAUAAUCCAUGAGACAGAUGUGAAGAGGAGCAUUUUAAGAGGUGCAAUCUCUGAAAAAGGAUCAAAUUCUUGAA